ACUGGUGAGGAACCCUCCGCCGCGGGCUGGGGCCAGGGUCCGCGGGGAAUGUAAUCUACAUAGGGAAAACGGCGCUUAGGGGAGAAGCGAGAUUACGGUAAUAAGUGAUCCCGUCCGAGAUCGCGCAGAUCUGUCUAGUCGGACAGGAUCGAUAGAAGCUCGCAGUGGGGAGAUAUUCUCUCUGCGGCAGCAGCACUGCCGCGGCCCCAGCUGGCGCUGGCAUUAUUUCCGCAUCACGCACCCAUAACCGCGGUAAUUAAAUGGAAUUCCCUCUAUUGGGUCGAGAGUGUUUUAACCGGCGGUGUAAAUCAUCUUCCGCGCGGGGCCGACUCCCAUCCCCCACGCACCCCGCACAGUCACGUUGUUUGAAUGACUCCAUCGAAUUAUCGACAUCGCAUUAACGGACAGAGAGGAGAGCCACUUCUCAGUGGGCUGUAAGAGUGACACGGAGAGAGUUUGUGCCCGGCCUGGCUGUAGUUGAGCUGGUGUUGGCGGCGCGCGCGGUGCUGAGGCUUGUUGUGCGGUGAGUUCGGCGGUGCGCGGCGGUGCGGCUAACAACAUGGCGUGGCGCUGGAAGCUGACGGAGCUGACCCGCAGGAUGGUGUCGGGACCCACGGAAGAAAACGUCAAUUUUGUACAUUUCGACAAUCUUGAAGAUGGCGGGAAGUAUCAGGGGACCGGGGAAGUCGUGUGUCUGGAGGAACUCGGACCACAGAAACUUAACAAUGGCGGGCUUCAGCCGCAAGAAGGUGGCGCCGCGGCUGGGGCCGGGACCGGGGCAGGGGCUGGGGCUGGGGCUGGGACCGCGACCGCACCCCCCGACGGCGCGGGGGAGGGGGCUGUGGUGGGAGAAGGAGCGGGGGGCGGGGACAUGGAGCCCCUGACCCGACCUGGUGAGGUGGUGGCGGAGUUACCCAAACGGAUUAUCAACCCGGAGGUCCACAAGCCCAAAAUCACGGCCUGGGACGCCGGCUGGAACGUUACUACAGUCAUACAGGGAAUGUUCGUGCUGAGCCUGCCGUAUUCCGUAGUACACGGUGGGUAUUGGUCCAUACUUGCCAUCAUCUUUGUAGCGUACGUGUGUGCGUACACCAGCAAGGUCCUGGUCCAGUGUUUGUACGAGGAGAAUGAGAAGGGGGAACGGAUCCGAGUCAGGGACAGCUAUGUUGAAAUUGCACAAGCGGUCUGGGGGGAGAAAACAGGCAGCCGUAUCAUUAACGUAGCUCAAUUCAUAGAACUGACCAUGAUCUGUAUAUUGUACAUCGUCGUGUCGGGAAACUUGCUAGUGAACAGUUUCCCGCACUGGCCCAUCCCCGAGCAAGGCUGGUCCAUCAUUUCCACAGCCUUCCUGGUGCCCUGCGCCUUCCUGCGCCACCUCAAGGGCGUGUCCCGCAUCAGUUUCUACUGCACAAUAGUCCACCUGCUCAUCAACGCCUGCAUUAUCGGGUACUGCUUCUCCCGUGCGCCGCAGUGGGCCUGGGACCACGUCACCUUCUACAUCAACGUCAAGAUGUUCCCGGUGUCGCUGGGAGUCAUCGUCUUCUCCUACACGUCUCAGAUCUUCCUGCCGUCUCUGGAAGGCAACAUGGAGAACCGCAGCAACUUCGUCACCAUGGUCAACUGGACGCACAUCACGGCCGGCAUCUUCAAGUCCAUCUUCGCCUACAUCUGUUUCCUGACGUGGGCCGAGACCACCCAGGAGGUCAUCACCGAUAACCUGCCCAACGCGGCGUUCCGCGCGCUGGUCAACGUCCUGCUGACCGCCAAGGCCCUGCUGUCCUACCCGCUGCCGUACUACCAGGCCGUGGAGCUCAUCGAGAGAGACUUCUUCCAGGGCCACGACUUGACGCGCUUCCCGUCCUGCUACGCGACCGACGGGAUGCUGAAGGUGUGGGCUCUGGCCGUGCGCUGUCUCCUGGUGGUCGGCACGCUGCUGAUGGCCGUCUACAUCCCCCACUUCGCGCUCCUCAUGGGCUUCAUCGGGAGCUUCACGGGCACCCUGCUGUCCUUCGUCUGCCCCUGCUGGUUCCACAUGAAGCUGAAGUGGGAUCAGAUCUCCUGGAAGAUCCGGAUCUGGGACUGCAUCGUGAUCGCGCUCGGCACGACGUGCGGGCUCAUCGGCAUCUACUACUCGUUGGAAGGGUUGAUAGAAAAAUUUAGACAUGACCUAGGAUACGACUUGAACGACUGACCACCUCCUACAGUAGAACACAAAAAUAUAAAUUUACUCUUCAAUAUUAGAGAUAUAAGAAUAUCACUUAAGUCAGUGGUAAUAGGAGUAUCAGUAGACCAGAUGACGUUUUGACCAGGACAAAAGGUCCCUAAAGCCAAAAGUCACUACGGUUUACAUCUGCCCGUGUAGGGAUCCUAUCCUGACCUUUACUGUUUUGGUGUAUUUCUGUGGUAAUGGAGAGAACAAAGAUAUGAAUAAUUGCAAUAAGGCAAUCCGCUAGUUCAGCUGGUGUAUGUUGUACUGUAGAUAUAAAACCUAUUUCUGUGUGAGAUGACCACUUUAUGCAAUGUUAGCGAAUCACAAGGGAAACAAGGUUCAUCAACCGAAGGAAAGCCAAAUAGACUUGGAGCGUUGGAUUCGACAGGGUUUGAGACAAAAGACAGAUGUAAAGGUAUAUUUAAAAAGAAUGUCCAAGCUCGUCUAGUCUCAACUGGUGAGGCAAAAAGCUCGUCUGUGGAAGGGACAUCACAACGUAGUCUGUGCCACUCUGACCUUUGCCCAACUUUUCGGAACUCUCUGAACGUUCCCAGGAUGCCCUUCGUGAGGCUGUACAUCCGGGGAUUCCUUUAAAGUUUAAAGUCACUACAAAGUCCAAUUUCCCGUGAGCAUUCCAACUGAGUUAAAUUGCAUACCAAUGAAUUAAUGACAUUAUUCAUACAGACUACUUCGUGAUUUACACUGCGUGUUUCACCUAAAGUAAAGCCCAGAUCAUGAGACAUAUUGAACGUUCAAACAGGUAUAUAAUGUUAUCCCUUCAUAUACAGUCUCUAAUGACUAAUGUGGGACACACUGUGUUUGAAUUGACGUAAGAUGGAGAAAAUACUUGAAGAUCUAUGAACGCAAAGUCUGGUGCUAAAACACAUAGAUACAUUUAUCUUUAAAAAGUCCCAGAUCUAAAGUUGCUCUGAAUAAUGUUAAGCUGCGUAACACGCAUCGGAACGUUAAAGUUAAUAGCUGAAAGUGUGUGGUAUCUUUAUGUGCUUCGUACAGGACAUGACAUCAUUCUUGACCAGAACCUCAAGUGGACAAAAGACAUGCCUCAGACUCAGUCGUGUUUUCUUCAGUCAGUGGAUGUAUUGUGAACAGGAAAAGCACCAAAUGUUGUAAGCGAGAACAAAGAAGAAGCUGCAACGUAGAGGAAAGUAGA